CCACACGUGGCGCGCGGCGCUGGCGGGCUGGCCGGCUGGCCGGGUGCCAGCGUCACCGCCCCACACUUCCCGCUCUUCCCGCCAACAUGGCCGCCGCCGCGGCCGUUAAGAUCGGAAUUAUUGGUGGAACUGGCCUGGAUGAUCCGGAUAUCUUAGAAGGAAGAACAGAAAAAUAUGUUGAUACUCCUUAUGGCAAGCCCUCGGAUGCUUUGAUAUUGGGAAAGAUAAAAAAUGUGGACUGUGUGCUGUUGGCAAGACAUGGAAGGCAUCAUACAAUUAUGCCAUCAAAUGUCAAUUACCGUGCCAAUAUCUGGGCAUUAAAAGAAGAAAAUUGUUCACAUGUAUUAGUGACUACUGCCUGUGGCUCAUUACGAGAGGAAAUACAACCUGGUGAUCUUGUCAUAAUUGACCAGUUCAUUGACAGGACAACUAAAAGACAUUGUACUUUAUACGAUGGGCAACAUUCCUCUCUGCCAGGAGUAUGUCAUAUUCCAAUGGCAGAGCCGUUCUGCACCAAAACCAGAGAGGUUCUUAUUGAGACUGCCAAGAAGCUUGGGCUCCAGUGUCAUUCCAAGGGGACAGUGAUCACAAUCGAAGGCCCACGUUUCAGUUCUCGAGCGGAAAGCUUGAUGUUUCGCAGCUGGGGAGCUGAUGUUAUCAACAUGACCACAGUGCCUGAAGUGAUUCUUGCGAAAGAAGCUGGAAUGAGUUAUGCUAGUAUUGCCAUGGCAACAGAUUACGACUGCUGGAAGGAACAUGAAGAAGCAGUGUCAGUGGAUAAAGUUUUAAAGACGCUGAAAGGGAAUGCAAAUAAGGCUACUAGCAUACUCCUUACUGCUAUACCUCAGAUAGGUUCCAUGGAAUGGACCGACACCCUGCACACCCUGAAAACAACAGUGCAGUGUUCAGUCCUCCUGCCAAAGCAGUAACAACCUGGAUGGACCUUGAAGUUUGGGUGCUCACAAGGAAGAGUGGAUCACUUUCAAACUUCCAGAGUUUAUAAUAUCUUCAAGAGUUGUUACAAGUGUAAAAGAAUGGAGUAAACGUUGACUGAUGAUAAUGUAUAAGACAGCUUUUAUAACCUUUAUCAUGCUUCAUAAUGUAUAAGAUGGCUGAAUUUAGAUUUUUUAGUAUGUUUUAAACUAGGAAUAGCGUUACUGUCAAGCUGGAUCAGACAGUGGCCAAAGAAAAAAGUCAGCAGCAAGUUGUCAUCCUCUAUUCAGUGAUACCUUUAGCUGAUGGAAGAAGGGAAAGGCUAGGUAAUACUCUGUUGCAAUUUUGUAAGACAUAAGAAAGCAGAUUCACAGGUAUGCUAUUUGCUUUGCAAUUUCUGCCUCCCAUCUUUUCCUUUGACAAGGCAAAUGGUUACAGUUCACUCCAGAAACAUACCAGAAAAACCAAACAGGCCAUUUCAAAUUAUACUAUUUUUAUACAUUAUCCGGAUUUUUUAUUUCAGUAGGUUUUUUUUAAAAGCAGUGGGUUUUGUUUGUGUGCUAGAAGACAUGGUUUAAUAAUUGUAGUUCUUUUCAGAGCAGCAGUUGUGUAAUGAAUGAAUGUUCUUAUUUAGGUAAUGCCUAAGUCAAAUUUGUGCCUGAAGAUUUACUUAUGUGACUUACAGAACGGUACAGAAAAGUACUUUGCUUCCAGUGUCCUGAACACUGUGCUGGCCUUUUGCUGCUUCAUUGAUCUGAAAAACUCCAGAUUUAGUUUCUAUUUUAAGUGAUGAAUGUGCUCAAGUGCUUUGAAUGUAUGCAUUUCUUUUUUUUAAUACAAUUUGACUUCAGUAAAAUAAUCUGCAGCUUCUUUUCUAGUAAAUAAAACAAAUGAAACCUA